CAAAGUGCUGGGCUACAUGGAGGCAAAAUAUGAGGAUCCUGCAACCCAAACUCUCUUGAACAUUGCCACUUUUUUAGAUCCAAGGUUCAAAAAAGACUACAUUCCUAAGGAACAACUGGAAGAAAUUAGUGUAAGGAUAAAAUCAGAAAUGAAGGAGGCACAACCUGCUGUUGCCAUAUCAACAUCAGUGGGUGCUGCUGUGUCAGGUGCUGAGGCUGAGCCAUGUCAAAGUGCCACAGCCACAAGUACAAAGAGGAUGAAGAAGUCUUUAGGAAGCCUCUUACAGACCUCAGUCACAUCUCCCUCUGAAUCCUCUGACCAUGCAACCAUUGAAGCAGAAUUUAACAGCUACAUUCUGAUCCCCAAAAUCCACAGUGAGCAGGACCCUUUGGCAUGGUGGGGAAUUCACAAGGUAAAUUUCCCCCACUUAAGCAAGCUGGCGGAAAAAUAUCUUUGUGUGCCUGCCACUAGCACACCAUCUGAGAGACUUUUCAGCACAUCAGGAAAUGUAGUUACAUGUCAGCGUGCAUCCCUGAAACCAAGCAAAGUGGACAUGCUGGUUUUCUUGUCCAAAAAUCUUUAACAAUUUUAGCAUGAA